AUGGCGGGAAGCGAACCACGCAGCCGAGCCAGCUCCCCCACCACGUCCUUUAGCGACUGGGGGCGCCUGGAGGCGGCCAUUAGGAGUGGCUGGAGAGCCUUCUGGCAGUCGGUGGGCAAGGAGAGGGCGGCAGCGGCGGCCCCGGAGGAGGCGGACGAGGAGGCCAGUGCCCUGACCCGGCUGCCGAUUGAUGUACAGCUUUUUAUUUUGUCAUUUCUUUCACCUCAUGAUCUGUGCCAUUUGGGAAGUACAAAUCAUUAUUGGAAUGAAACUGUUCGAGAUCCAAUUCUUUGGAGAUAUUUUCUGUUGCGAGAUCUUCCUUCUUGGUCUUCUGUUGACUGGAAGUCUCUUCCAGAUCUAGAAAUCUUAAAAAAGCCAGUAUCUGAAGUCACGGAUGGUGCAGUUUUUGACUAUAUGGCAGUCUAUAAAAAGUGCUGCCCGCAUACCAGAAGAGCCUUGAAAUCCAGCCGUCCUAUGUAUGGAGCUGUCACCUCCUUUUUGCACUCUCUGAUCCUUCACAAUGAACCACGAUUUGCUAUGUUUGGACCAGGUUUGGAAGAAUUGAAUACAUCUCUGGUGCUGAGCUUGAUGUCUUCCACAGAGUUUUGCCCAACUGCUGGUUUACCUCAGAGGCAAAUUGAUGGCAUUGGAUCAGGAGUCAAUUUUCAACUGAGUAAUCAACAUAAAUUCAAUAUCCUGAUACUGUAUUCAACUACCAGAAAGGAGAGAGAUCGAGCCAGAGAAGAGCACACAAGUGCAGUUAAUAAGAUGUUCAGUCUACAGAAUGAAGGGAAUGAUCAGCAAGGAAGCCGGUACAGUGUGAUCCCACAGAUUCAGAAGGUGUGUGAGGUUGUAGAUGGGUUCAUCUAUGUUGCAAAUGCUGAAGCUCAUAAAAGACAUGAAUGGCAAGAUGAAUUUUCUCAUAUUAUGGCAAUGACUGAUCCGGCUUUUGGAUCUCCAGGAAGACCAAUAUUAGUGUUAUCUUGUAUUUCUCAAGCAGCUGUAAAAAGGAUGCCUUGUUUUUAUUUGGCCCAUGAACUACAUCUCAAUCUUCUUAAUCACCCAUGGAUGGUCCAGGAUACAGAAGCUGAAACUCUUUCAGGUUUUUUGAAUGGCAUCCAGUGGAUUCUUGAAGAAGUGGAAUCUAAGCGUGCACGAUGA